GCCUCCCGCCAUCUUUCCUGCCGGCUUCCAGCAAAGAAACACGUUGCUGGAAAACAGAAGUUUUUACUCCGAUUAUUUUUUCUGUAAAUACUUUGGGAGUUUCGUGUUUUCACAGCCGGAGUCAGGAGCCAGAACAGGCUCCGCAGGUGGAAGCGCCGUCAGCGCCGCCCCCCCUCCCCUUCCAUCAUGGCGGAUAAAAACACCAGAAUCGCCAUCGUCAACCACGACAAAUGCAAACCCAAGAAAUGCCGUCAGGAGUGCAAGAAGAGCUGCCCGGUGGUGCGCAUGGGUAAGCUGUGCAUCGAGGUGACCCCGCAGAGUAAGAUCGUGUGGAUCUCAGAGUCUCUCUGCAUCGGCUGCGGCAUCUGCAUCAAGAAAUGUCCGUUCGGGGCGUUGUCCAUCGUCAACCUUCCCAGCAACCUGGAGAAGGAAACCACGCACAGAUACUGCGCCAACUCCUUCAAGCUGCACAGGCUGCCCAUCCCCCGACCCGGGGAGGUUCUGGGGUUGGUCGGGACCAACGGUAUCGGCAAGUCCACAGCUCUGAAGAUCCUGGCCGGGAAACAGAAGCCCAACCUGGGGAAGUACGAUAAUCCUCCGGACUGGCAGGAGAUCUUGACCUACUUCAGAGGUUCUGAGCUGCAGAACUACUUCACCAAAAUCCUGGAGGACGACCUGCGGGCCAUCGUCAAGCCGCAGUACGUCGACCAGAUCCCCAAAACCGUCAAGGGGUCAGUAGGGGCCAUCCUGGGCAGGAAGGACGACACGGACACACAAGCCAUCGUCUGCCAACAGCUUGAUCUGACUCACCUGCGGGAGAGGAACGUGGAGGACCUGUCCGGAGGAGAGCUGCAGAGGUUCGCCUGCGCCGUCGUCUGCAUCCAGAGGGCUGAUAUUUUCAUGUUUGACGAGCCGUCCAGUUACCUGGAUGUGAAGCAGAGGCUGAAGGCCGCCAUCACCAUCCGCUCUCUCAUCACCCCAGACAGGUACAUCAUUGUGGUGGAGCACGACCUGAGCGUGUUGGACUACCUGUCCGACUUCAUCUGCUGUCUGUACGGAGUCCCCAGCGCUUACGGAGUCGUGACCAUGCCCUUCAGUGUCCGAGAAGGUAUCAACAUCUUCCUGGACGGUUACGUUCCCACAGAAAACCUCAGGUUCAGGGAAACCUCGCUGGUCUUUAAGGUGGCAGAAACAGCCAAUGAGGAGGAAGUGAAAAGACUCAGACACUACCAGUAUCCAGACAUGGUGAAGACGAUGGGCGAGUUCACGCUGGCCAUCAAAGGAGGAGAGUUCACGGACUCUGAGAUCAUGGUGAUGCUGGGAGAAAACGGAACGGGGAAGACGACCUUCAUCAGGAUGUUGGCUGGAGGACUCAAACCCGACAGUGGAGGUGAGGUUCCCAUCCUGAACGUGAGCUACAAGCCUCAGACUAUCAGCCCUAAGUUCAAGGGCAGCGUCAGAGCUCUGCUACAUGAGAAGAUCCGGGACGCGUACACGCACCCACAGUUCAUCACCGACGUGAUGAAGCCGCUGCAGAUCGAGAGCAUCAUCGACCAGGACGUGCAGAACCUCUCCGGUGGUGAGCUGCAGCGAGUCGCCCUCACGCUCUGUUUGGGGAAACCGGCCGAUGUUUACCUGAUCGACGAGCCGUCGGCGUACCUGGACUCUGAGCAGAGGUUGAUGGCGGCCAGAGUCAUCAAGAGGUAUAUCCUUCACGCUAAGAAGACCGCGUUCGUGGUGGAGCACGACUUCAUCAUGGCGACGUACCUCGCCGACAGAGUCAUCGUGUUUGACGGCAUUCCCUCCAGGGAGACGUCGGCGAACACGCCUCAGAGUCUGCUGGCGGGGAUGAACCGUUUCCUGUCGCUGCUGGAGAUCACGUUCAGGAGGGACCCCAACAACUUCAGGCCACGAAUCAAUAAACUCAACUCCAUCAAGGACACGGAACAGAAAAAGAGCGGGAACUAUUUCUUCCUGGACGACUAAGACUCCGCCCCCCGUGACCGACCGCGACCUCCAGCGGAUCUCAGACGUCCGGCGCCACGACUGAAAAACCAUCAGCCUUUCAUGUACCGGGCUGUUUCAUAGCCAGCAAUGUUGUGACGUGUAAAAUGAAGAAGUGCAUUACCACAUCCUGUCCACAGGGGGAGGGGCCAGUCCGGGAGACGCCCCCGUCAAGGAUCAUCAAGCUGCGUCUUCUAACACUCGUGCAUUUACAUCAAGUGACAAUAAACGGAUGCUUCCCGACCAUCA